CAGGCUCGCAUCAGCGAAGGCGAGGGGAACCAGAAAAUGGUAGACGAUGCCCUGGCUGCCUCGGAAGUUAGCUACUUCACUGACGGAUCUAAGUCAGGAGAUAAGACAGGAGCAGCGGUGUACGGAAACAAAAACUGCAAACUGAAGGCGAGUCUCGGCAGGAGCACCACGGUGAACCAGGCGGAGCUAUACGCCAUAAUGAUGGCAGCGAAUAACGCUAUAGACAAAGGCUGGAGAGACAAAAGGAUCACAUUUUUCUCGGACAGCCAAGCAACUCUAAAAGCGGUAUCAAACUUCAAGGUCAAUUCAAAAUUGACCAUGGAGGGCAUACAGAGGCUCACAAGACUGGCCAACGACAACCACGUCACAUUGGUGUGGGUUCGUGGGCACACGGGUGUGAGGGGGAACGAAACUGCUGACCGCUUAGCUAAGGAGGCAUCAGAGGAAAAUUACAUCGGACCAGAACCAGUGUUUGGACUGACCAAAAAAGGAUUCAGAACAACAGUGAGGGACUGGGUGAUGGAAGAGGCGAACAAAGAGUGGCAGAAUGCCGAAGGCAUGAGACAUUCCAAGCAAAUGCUGGAAGGCUACUCAAGGAAAAUGACUGCAAAUCUGUUGCAUCGUAGCAGGGAGCAGCUAGGUAUACUGUCGGGAUUACUGACAGGACACAAUCUCCUGCGGAAACACAUGCACAGGAUGGGUAUCUUCAAGGAUGAACCAAAGUGUAGGCUGUGUGAGGUAGAAGAGGAAACUGCAGAGCAUAUCAUCUUCGACUGUGAAGCUCUGGAAAAGAAAAGACAGGACAUCCGAGGAGAUAACUCCUGGGAUGACUGUCUAGCACCUGAGUUAGUUGCGGGCACUCUCCUCCAACUUGUUGAAGGGGAGGGCUUCUGGGACUAA